GAGAUCCUCCAGGGCAAGGUAUCCCUCACAUCACCCUCUGGGGCCAUCCGCAGCCAUUGGAAGACCAGCCUUGCGGGGGCCAGCCCGCGUGAGCUUUGCCGCAGAUGGGCUCGCCUCCUCGCGGCCUGCGCCCCCCGCGGUGCACGCUGUGCUCAUGCCGGUGACCCGCUCGGCGACGACUGGGGCAUUGAGCUGGCGGCCAACUUCCCAGGCGGAGGCGUCCAGCUCCAGCGGCCGCAACCCUCCUGCCCUUCGGGGUCGCCGCCCGAGUGGCCCGCCUCGGCGCCGCAGUGGGGCGCCGCCUGGCCCAAGCCUGCCGCCGCUGGCGGGCAGGCGCUGGGCCGGGGCGCACGCGGCCGAGAGCGUCGGGGCGCGCUGGCGCGAGCGGGCAGUCGGGGCGGAAAGGCCUCGCCUCAAGCACCAGCGUGUCCAGCCCCGCACCGUCGCCCUGCACCGCGAGGCCCACCGCAAGUUCAGCCAGUGGGCGGCCGAGCAGCACCUCCGCCAGGUGUCCAUGGACGAGACAGACCUGGCCAUGACGAGGUACCUCGACCACCAGUACUUCCAGGGGCUCAGCAUCGCCCACGCCAGGAACGCCGUCCACGGGACGAUCUUCGUGAAGGAUUACCCGCGAAGAUCGCCAACCACCAUGUACCGUGCCAAGGACGCCCUGGCCAGAUGGUUCAAGGCAGGGCCCGAUCGAGUCAGAGAUCCGCUGCCGUGGGAGGCGGCGUUGCUGAUCGCCGACAACCUCGCCGAGAGAGACCGCGAGGGGGUCGCCGCCGCUGGGGCCCCGCUCGUCAGCUUCGACGGGUACAUCAGGCCGAUCAACACCCUGGCCAUCACGAGCCGCGAGGUGAGCCAGCGCCAGGCUGGGCCCAAUCCCAACUACCCCAGCCUCGUGGUCACGAUCGCGCCUCAGGCCGACGACCACGGCCAGCAGCCUGCCCCAUCGACUCAGUCAGGGGACCACGACUGCACCAUCGUCUUCGGCGACCAGGCCAGUCUCAAGGCCAACAGGGGCAUCUGCCGCGACGCCCUGCUCUGGGCCUCGCGGAAGGCCCGCCGCGGCAGACCCCUUGUCGACAUCAGCCUCGCAAAGUACGAGCAAAUCUUCAACCAAGCCGUGGCCGACGUGAAGCUGAGCUCUCUCAAAGUCACGCCGCACUGUGCGAGACACGGAGGCCCGAGCACUGCCGCCGCUCUCAAGCUGCAUCCUCUAGAGGCAACCCAGAAGAGAGGCCUCUGGCGCUCGGCCUCCAGCGUGCGUCGCUCCGAGAAGCAUGGCACUCUAAUGCGCCAGAUUGCAAAGAUGACGUCUACCCAGCUUCGUUCUGUGCCAGCAGCCCUUCGGAGGCUGCAGAAUAUGUUCAAGAUCCGAUGUCCCACUCACCCUGCCCUAACAGCCCGAUUUACGGGGUACGGGAUGAGGUGAUUAUCUAGAUGAUUCAGGCUUUUUGGCGCCGCCACAGCAGAAGCGACGUUCUUGAGUGGAACCCUCUGGCUAAAGAGUUAUCUGUUGCGCUUCGCGCACUGCAUGGCCCUUCUGCCCACGUCUGCUCUGGUCGCCCGUGUCGGGUGGCCUACUGGAGCGUAGCAAUGUUCUGCCCCUGACAUCUCUUGCUGCGUUCUCGAGGGCGACCGCUCGACAGGAUGUCGGUUUCUUAAUCCUUUUUGGCUCUGUAGUUCCCUCCCUCCUUCCCUGGGACGAGGUGACUAUCUCGAUAAUUCAGGCUUUUCUCUUGAACUGUGGCGCCGCCACGGCAGAAGCGACGUUCUUGAGUGGAACCCUCUGGCUAAAGAGUUUUCUGUUGCGCCUCGCGCACUGCAUGGCCCUUCUGCCCACGUUUGCUCUGGUCGCCCGUGUAGAGUGAGUGGCCUACUAGCGCGUAGCAAUGCAUAUAUUAGGAAGCCGCCCAACACCGCGUCGGAAAUCGCGCGCUGUUGAAGACGCCUCGAGCAGCAAGCCUGGACUCGAGCUUGGGCUCAUACAAGAAGCAGUUGGGGCACCGAUGCGGGGCCAACAGGUUGCGAUUAAACAGAGUAUUGAG